CGGCCGGGGGUGGCCAGACGGGAACUUGAGUCUCCAGCCACUCGCUGCUCCUCACACUCACUGCCGGCCUCCUCCCCUCGGAAGCACCCCAGGAUCUCAGCCCAGGCAGGGUGCACGAGCCAGCCCACCUGCCCUCCCUGCCCAGACGCGCACCGCCCCAGCUCGGUCCCAGGUUCUGCCUCCCUCAGCCUUCGUCCCCCAGGCCAGUCCUUGCGCUAACCAGGCCGGGUGGGCAUCAAGAUGAAGGCGGCCCGCUUCGUGAUGCGCAGCGCCGGCUCACUGAGCAGCGCAGGCCUGGUGCCCCGCGAGGUCGAGCAUUUUUCACGCUACAGCCCGUCCCCGCUGUCCAUAAAGCAGCUCCUGGACUUUGGUUCAGAAAAUGCAUGUGAAAGAACUUCUUUUGCAUUUUUGAGGCAAGAAUUGCCUGUGAGGCUAGCCAAUAUCCUGAAGGAAAUCGAUAUCCUCCCUGAUCGAUUAGUCAAUACCUCUUCAGUGCAAUUAGUUAAAAGCUGGUAUAUCCAGAGCCUGAUGGAUUUGGUGGAAUUCCACGAGAAAAGCCCAGAGGACCAGAAAGCAUUAUCAGAUUUUGUAGAUACUCUCAUCAAAGUUCGAAAUAGACACCACAAUGUAGUUCCGACCAUGGCACAAGGAAUCAUAGAAUAUAAAGAUGGCUGUACAGUUGACCCAGUCACCAAUCAAAAUCUUCAGUAUUUCUUGGAUCGAUUUUACAUGAACCGUAUUUCUACCCGGAUGCUGAUGAACCAGCAUAUUCUUAUAUUUAGUGACUCACAGACAGGAAACCCAACUCACAUUGGAAGCAUUGAUCCAAACUGCGAUGUGGCAGCCGUGGUCCAAGAUGCCUUUGAGUGUUCAAAGAUGCUUUGUGACCAGUAUUAUUUAACAUCUCCAGAAUUAAAGCUCACACAAGUAAAUGGAAAAUCUCCAGGCCAACCAAUUCACAUUGUUUAUGUACCUUCCCACCUUCAUCAUAUGCUCUUUGAACUAUUCAAGAAUGCAAUGAGGGCAACCGUGGAACACCAGGAAAACUGGCCUUCCCUUACACCAAUUGAAGUGAUUGUUGUCUUGGGAAAAGAAGAUCUGACAAUCAAGAUUUCAGACAGAGGAGGUGGCGUUCCCCUGAGAAUCAUUGACCGUCUCUUUAGUUACACGUACUCUACCGCACCAACCCCUGUGAUGGAUAAUUCCCGCAAUGCUCCUCUGGCUGGUUUUGGUUAUGGCUUGCCAAUUUCUCGUCUCUAUGCCAAGUAUUUUCAAGGAGAUCUGAAUCUCUACUCUAUGUCGGGAUAUGGAACCGAAGCCAUCAUCUACUUAAAGGCUCUAUCUUCAGAAUCUGUAGAAAAACUCCCAGUCUUUAACAAGUCAGCCUUCAAACACUAUCAGAUGAGCAUCGAGGCUGACGACUGGUGUAUCCCAAGCAAGGAACCAAAGAACUUGGCAAAGGAGAAAGUGGCUCUGUGAAGAGAGUCGCUUGGGACACUUUACGGGAUCAAAGUGGGUCUGCGCCAGUGCUGCUUCCUGAAUGCUUGCGUGUGAGCUCUCGUUUCCUCAGAAACAAAAGCACAAAAACCUGCUGAUCAGAACAGUGGUGCAAAGAGGAAGGAAGCCUGUUUCUCAGACCCAGGAUAGUGUAACGUAGGCGUUAUUCUUUCAACCUGGCCUGAUAUACGAGCUUAUAUCAAAUCCUGAAGCAAGAAAGGCCUCAGUUUGCCCUGUCUUUGUCAACAAGGAUGGGAAUGCGAGCGAAGUGGAGAUAGAAGCUGGCACUUGCAGUAGACUGCUAUUUUAGGGCUGCUGUUGAUGGUGUAAGAUAUUGGUAUUUAUUGCAUAUCAGGUGUCACUAUGCCAAUAUUUCCCUGCCAUCAAAGGGUUGGGGCUUAGUUUACGCUACGUCAUUAGAAAUGUAUAUAAUGGUACAUUUCCUGCGUUCCUAUGUUCUCUGGGGAGGAAAAGCUGGUGACUAAAUAACAUUUACUUUGUAUGUUAUUUGAAUGAAGAAGAAUGAGUCGAAACAUUUUAUUCAAAGUUGUAGCCAAGGCAUCCUGCCAGUGUAGAAACUCAGAAGAAAGCCUCUUCUGAUAAAUACUGUGUCUUCAUUAGGCUGCUCUCCUGUUCACACUUCAUGUCAUAAGUGAACGCUUAUGGCCAGGUGCCUGCCUAGUCUUGGGUGAGUUUUAAAAUAGGCACUGAAUUCAGGAUGUUGGUGGUUGAAGGGGGAAAAGAAUUGCCAAAGUGAUAACAAAAUUAUCUCUCGCCUUGCUUUGUUUAUAAAUGAGACGGUGGGUUGGAAAAACCAAUAUUGGGGAAAGAAAUCAUGCAUUCAGGACCUAACUCAGUAGGAGGGUCUGUUCUCUCCCCUGCAAUGGUGGUAAUCCAAUGAUGGCAUCCCCUUUCUAGGCUUAAAGAGGUAUAUUUUUGAUAUGUGUAAUUAUAUUCUUUACACUCCUGCAUUAACAUAUCUAUAUAAACAAUUCCUAAUUAUCAAAUGGCUCAAGAACAUUAGAAUUUAAAUACUUCUUGGGACAGUUUUAACAAAUAGCCUGAGAGUAAGAGAUUUUCAUACCAGGAGGCUUUCAUUUGGAUCAUUGAGACUGAGGACUGAUAAAUGGAAGUUGUAAUGCAUAUGGAACUUUUGGGGACUUCAAGUAUAAUAGGCAGGUGGACAGGCCUGUCUAGCACAUAAUUCUCACAGAAUGAAGGACGGGAGGAAGGAAGGAAGGAAGGAAACAGAGGGCAGGCAUCUUGCUUUUUCCCCUACAAAGUAUUUCAAGAAAUUGUCUAUAUUUUCAUAGAUAAGUUACUGCAAGAGGAUGAAUUGAUGUUUCCCAGAACAGAAUGGCUUUUUUAAAUGGGUCUCUCACUUUUGCAACAUAAUGGGCUUUCAUGAGAUUAAAUAAGCUCAUCUGUGUCCAACUGAUGUGUCAACCAGGAUAUAGAAAAAAA